GCCUCAUGAGAUGGAAGGUCAAGACAAUCACAUCACAAUUCACAUGAUCGAGAACGUGCACCAGAACGGGACGUCUGAACCGAAAGUCAUCACCAAAGAUCCGCUCACACGGCAGCACGGAGCCACUGUGAGCUUCCACAACAUCCGGUACACAGUAACAUUGAAGAGUGGGUGCUGUAAGAGGAAGAGCAUCACUAAAGACGUCUUGGUAGACCUGAAUGGGAUUAUGAAACCUGGUUUAAAUGCCAUUUUGGGCCCUACAGGAAGUGGAAAAUCUUCGUUUUUGGAUGUGCUUGCGGCAAGGAAGGAUCCCGCAGGUCUCUCUGGUGAAGUCCUGAUUGAUGGAGCUCCACAGCCAUCCAAUUACAAAUGCCUCUCUGGUUAUGUAGUACAGGAUGACAUCGUGAUGGGCACUCUGACUGUACGGGAGAAUCUGUGCUUCUCAGCUGCACUUCGUCUUUCAUCCUCCAUAAAACAGAAAGAAAAGGAGGCCAGAGUUAAUCGUCUCAUUUCAGAGUUGGGACUCAGUAAAGUGGCAGACAGAAAGGUGGGCACUCAGCUGAUUCGUGGCAUCUCUGGAGGUGAACGAAAGAGGACCAGCAUUGGCAUGGAGAUGAUCAUUGACCCCGCUGUACUGUUCCUGGAUGAACCCACCACAGGCCUAGAUGCCAGCACCGCCAACUCUGUCCUACUGCUGCUCAAACGAAUGGGCAACAAUGGACGAACCAUUAUCAUGUCCAUCCACCAGCCGCGCUACUCCAUCUUCCAGCUCUUUGACAACCUCACGCUGCUGGUCAGUGGCAAACAAGUCUACCAUGGCCCGGCCGAUGAUGCACUAAACUACUUCGCCAAUAUUGGUUAUGUGUGUGAGGAACAUAACAACCCAGCAGAUUUCUUCCUAGAUGUCAUUAAUGGAGACUCCAUAGCUGUGACUAUGGCCAGACUGCAGACUGCAGAAGAUCUAGAGUUUGAAGAGUCUGGAGGCACACGGCAGAGCAUUGAAGAGCAUCUGGUGGAGGAAUACAGGAAAAGCAAAGAUGCUCAGGAAACCAAGGCUGAACUGGAGCGAAUCAUGAGGGGCAAAGAGUACGGCACCAAACCCAAGUCCCGCACCAUCACCUACAACUGCAGUUUCUUCCAUCAGCUACACUGGGUCACUAAGAGGACUUUCCGGAACCUGAUGCUGAAUCCUCAGACUUCCAUUGCACAGCUGGCAGUGACCACCUUCUUGGCACUCAUUGUUGGUGCCAUUUUCUUUGGAGUGAAAGACAACCAGAGCGGCAUACAGAACAGAUUUGGAGCUCUGUUCUUCAUUACAACCAAUCAGUGUUUCACUACACUGUCAGCAGCUGAGCUUUUCAUCACCGAGAGGAAGCUCUUCAUACAUGAAUACACCAGCGGCUACUACAGAGUUUCCGUGUACUUCCUGUCUAAGAUCCUGUCUGAUGUAAUCACUCUGCGCACGAUUCCUGCUGUAGUCUUUACGUGUAUCAGCUACUUCAUGAUUGGAUAUAAGCACACAGCAGAAGCAUUCUUCAUCUUCAUGUUCACGGUGAUCCUAGUGGCAUACACAGCUACAGCUAUGACCAUGGCCAUCUCUGCUGGUCAGUCUGUUGUGGCUGUCGCAAACAUCUUCAUAACCAUUGCCUUUGUCUUUAUGAUGAUCUUCUCUGGUCUGCUGGUGAAUCUGGAAAGUGUCAUGGCCUGGCUCGCCUGGCUUAAGUACCUGAGCAUCCCUCAUUACGGUCUCACGGCUUUGGAGAUCAAUGAGUUUGUAGGACUGACGUUUUGUGGGAAUCUCACUGACGGACUAAUACCCAACACCACUCAAGGGAUCAUCAGCUGCACAGGUGAGCAACAUCUCCGGUCCCAAGGAAUCGACUACUCUAAAUGGGGAUUAUGGCAGAAUCACAUGGCCCUGAUAAUUAUGACCAUCAUAUUACUCCUCAUCGCCUACAUCAAGCUCAGGUUCAUGCGCAAGUUCUCCUGAAUCCUGAGACACCUGUUCCUUUGAAUAUUCCUUCCUGCAUUUGUUUUCAUUGCCAAAAAAUACUUGUAAUUACUGUAUGAAGAAUUAUGAUAUCUUAAGGCCAGUUGUUUAAGAAGUACAUUUGGAAGAUAAAUUCCCAAUCUUUACAUCUAAGUGACAACAUGAAGCAUUUAGAGAGAGAUUAGAGCUUUCUUUAGAGUAUUUAAUUAAAGCUUUUGUCAUAAACACACAAUAGAGCUUCGCUCCAGUUCCACAUUUGGUUGCACCUCAAUUUCUGUAAUCUUUA